AUGCAUCUUCCAUUCUUAUCUUCGUUCCAUGAGCUUAUCAUUGUCAAGUAUCCAUUUGCUAAUGAUAGACCAGAAACGCUAGAGCACACGCUUGAUGCAGGUGCUACAUGUAUAGCUUAUAAUCGUGGUGGAAAAUACACAGGAGCGUUGCUAGCCAGUGGACGCUUUGAUGGCUUCGUUAACGUAUGGGAUAUGCUCACUUUAGCUCCUUUGAGGGUUUUUGAAGGCCAUGUGAAAGCUGUAUCCACCGUCAGUUGGUCGAAGAAUUCUCGCUUUCUAUUGAGUGCAUCCAGAGAUUGGAAUUGUAUAGUAUGGGAUAUGGAGACCAGCGAGCGUGCUGCUACUAUCAAGUUCGAUGCUCCGAUUCAGGAAGCCUUCUUCCAUCCGUUUACAAGUAAAUUUAUUCUAGUCACGCUAUCAACUCAACAGACAUUCCUUGUCGAUUUGACGACAUCGAAGCACGUCAAGACCGAGAUAGGACAGCUGUGGGAGGAAGACGAUGAGGGAAAUACCAUUCAGAGAUCACAGAUGACGACCGCGAGAUUCUCUACAGAUGGUCAAUAUAUCUUCGGUGGAACUGCACAAGGGCGUGUUAUUGUGUUUGAGCUACCAAGUCUCAAUGUUGUAUCUGAAACUGGGGUGUGCAACGGUGCGAUAAAGCAGAUAUCAAUAUCCAAUAGUGAUAGACUUCUUGCGUGUACUUCAAGAGAUAGGACGGUGAGGGUUGCUCAGGUUUCAGAGGACAAAGACGUACAGCCCGUGUUUAGGUUUGUGGAUGAGAUCGACAAAACACAAUGGAAUGCAGUAUGCUUUUCUAAUGACAAUGAGUAUAUCAUUGGUGGAAGCGGGCAUAAAGCUACGCAUUAUAUAUACAUAUGGGAGUCAACAUCAGGUGCACUCAUAAAGGUAGUUGAGGGACCAAGAGAUCCGUUGCAUGAUGUUAUUUGGCAUCCAAGUAAACCAAACAUGGCUAGUAUAGAUAGUCACGGGCAGAUAUUAACCUGGACAACUAACAACAAGCAACGCUGGGCGGCUUUCGCGCCUGGAUUUGAAGAAUUAGAAGCGAAUAUACAAUAUAAGGAGAAAGAGGAUGAAUUUGACAUAUACGUCGACCAAGAUAACAAACCGGUGAAGGAGCCACUAGAAGAGGGACUGAUAGAUAUUGACACAAUACCAGAGGAGUUUAGAGUACAAGAAGUAGUUACGCCGGAGUUUAUAGAGACUCACUUCAAAGACGAAGAGGAUAACGAUAUUAACUUCUUUCCUUCACCGCCUGACUUGAGUGAUGUUGAAGAUGAAGAAUAA